GGGGGGCGAGGCGAAACGCUCCCCAUUUGCCACUCCAGGCGAGGCAAGCCUCCCCUUCCCUUUCUCCCAAGGAAAGCCACGCCGCGAGGAGGGAGUGGGCGAACGACGCGGAAUUCUCCGAAAUUUCGGAGCAAAUUAACCCGAGCAGUUCGAGUUUCUUCCCAGCAUGAGGAGGAGAGUUGCACUGAUCACGGUGAUUGCCGCUUUGUUGGUAGCUGAGCAAUUAUGUGUGGCGGCGGAGGUAGACGUCACCGGCGGCGGUGGUGGGGUUGUCCGGAGGCGGUCGCUGCACCAGCCGUUCUUCCCGAUCGAGUGGUCGCCGCCGCCGCCGACGUCCGGAAGCGACGUCGUUCCGCCGCCGCCGCCGACGACGGCGGCUGCGGCGUCGACCACCGCCGGGGGCGGCGGUGGCCGGUCCUCGACCAGCGUCGUGAACACCGUCGCCAUCGCGCUCUCGGCGGGCCUCGUCACGCUCGCGGUGGCGUCGUACUCCUGCUGCCUCCUGCUGCGGCGACGGCGCGAGGACGGCGAGGUCGAGGAGGACGACCGCGCCGUGAAGCGGCCGGUGGGGGCGGUGGCCGCGAGGGUCCCGAGCGAUGUCGGGAGCAGCUCCCGUCAGCACCGGUCGCCGCCCCCGAGCUCGACGGCGUCGGACGCGAUAUACCUCGACCCGCUGACGACGUUGGUGGAGGUGCGCCAGCACGAGCAGAGCCCUGACCUGCGCCCGCUCCCACUGCUUAAGCAGCCGAGCCCUGACCUCCGGCCGUUGCCGCCUCUGAAGCGGCCGGAAUCACAACCCCCGCCCCCGCCGCCGGCCACUCCGCCGUUGACCACCACGGGGUAUUCCACCGACGAGGAGGACCAGGCAACGUACUACACCGCGCCCAAGACGGCCAUGUCCUCGUUCAGCCGGAGCACAAGCCAGCACAGCACGCUGGAGCAAACAGCUAUGCCGCCCACGGCGACGGCCACGGCCGCGUCGGCACCGCCGCAAGCGAAUCCCCUACGGCCUGCUCGCCCGCCGCCGCCCCCGCCUCCGCCGAGACAGAGGUUGCUACGACCGCUCCCGGCAGAAUCACCGCCCCUCGCCGCGCUGGCCAAUCUGGAGCUAACCAGUUCCCCUGUCGACCCCUCUGUCCAAGACAGGGGAGGGGAUAAUUCCGGCAGCCAAAGCGGCGGCGCGCGCCCGCCCAAGCCGCCGCACCUGAAGCCGCUGCACUGGGACAAGCUCCGGGCCAUCUCCGGCCGCACCACCGUGUGGGACCAGGUCAAGAACUCCGACACAUUCCGCGUCGACGAGGAGGCCAUGGAGAGCUUAUUCCUGAACAGCAGCGGUCGCGGCGGAGGCGGGAGCUCGGACACGGCGGCGAGGAGGGUAGGCUCCGGGAGGCAGGAGAGCCGGUUGCUUGACCCGAAGCGGCUGCAGAACGUCGCGAUCAUGCUCAAGUCCCUCAACGUGACCGCCGACGAAGUGAUUGGUGCACUCGUACGUGGAACCCCUGAAGAUUUGAGAUCUGAGUUCUAUGAAACACUAGCUAAGAUGGCACCAACAAAAGAAGAAGAAUUGAGACUAAAAGGUUAUAGUGGUGAUCAAUCGAAAAUUGAUCCAGCGGAACGUUUUCUGAAAGAUGUUCUCGUAGUUCCUUUUGCCUUUGAGAGAGUGGAUGCGAUGCUAUACAGAGUAAAUUUUGACAACGAAGUGAGUUAUUUAAGGAAAUCUUUUGGAACAUUAGAGGCAGCCUGUGAAGAGCUAAGAAGCAGCAAACUCUUUCUGAAGCUGCUAGAUGCGGUUCUAAAAACUGGGAACCGCAUGAAUGAUGGUACCAAUCGAGGCGAAGCAAGGGCUUUCAAACUUGAUACUCUUCUAAAGCUUGCUGACAUCAAAUCAACAGACGGCAGAACGACAUUGCUCCACUUUGUUGUUAAAGAGAUCAUCCGAUCGGAAGGCUUCGAUUCUGACCAAGGCGCGGUUAAUCCUGGUAGUGGCAGCAAGGAACAGUUCAAAAAGGAUGGACUAAAAUUACUUGCAGGGCUCAGCAGUGAGCUUUCCAACGUGAAGAGAGCAGCCACACUGGAAAUGGACACGCUGAGCGGCAACAUCCUGAGGCUCGAAGCCGAUCUCGAGAAGGUGAAGCUUGUCGUACAGCUCAAGGAGACUUGCUCCGAUGAAGGUUCAAGCGAGAACUUCUUCCAGUCAAUAGACGUGUUCCUCAGAAGAGCAGGGGCAGAGAUCGAGACCAUGAAAACCGCGGAGAAGAACGCGCUGCGCCUCGUAAGGGAGACGACGGAGUACUUCCAUGGCGACACCACGAAGGAGGAGCCCCAUCCCUUGAGGAUAUUCAUGGUGGUGGACGAGUUCCUUGUGAUACUGGACCGCGUCUGCAGGGACGUCGGCAGGACGCCGGAGAGGGUGAUGAUGGGCUCCGGCAAGGCGUUCCGCGUCACCGCAGGUACCUCCCUGCCUCCUCGCCGGCACGAGAACCGGCGAGUUCUUAGCUCCUCCGACGAGGACAGCUCGUCAUCUUAGGAGCAAACAUUUUUGGUGCAUAGGUUAGUUGAUAAGAUUUGAAAGUAGCGAUUCUUCAGGAGCUGAGCAUGUCUUGUGUAGACUGUAAUCACCGUCAGGAAUAAGGGAAUCGUCACUGCCUGUCACUGUUUAAUAGUAGCAGUAGAUGUUUACAAAAGCUAAGAAAGAUAGCUGUACAAAGGCAUUCAGUAUUAUGAUAUGUUCUUAGUCUCUUACUAGUCAGCUCAAA